CCUCCGCGUUUGAGUAUAAAAACAAGCGAGUGGGCGUUCACAGCAGUUUGCUGCGGAUCUUCUCUGCGCUGCGGAAACUUUCCACAAAAUGGUGCAACAACUCUCCAAAUCUGGAGCAAAAGAGGCUCAUCUGCUCAAAGCUGGGCACCCACCAGCAGUGAAGGCAGGAGGAAAACGAGUUGCCAAGAAAACCCUGGAGGACGGAUCUGCCCAUGGGACUCCUGAGAAAGAGACAAAGAGCCGGUCUCUUGCCACCUCCAACAGGAUGCAACAAGUUGGGCUUCUUCUGACUGGGACUCUUGACAAGCUGAGUCAUGACUUUCCAGAGACCCCUGUGAGCGUGAGGCACAGCAAGGUGCGCCCUGCUGUGGAAAGGUCUCACUGCCCCCGGACCUUCUGCAUCCAGCAGCCCAGGAAGUGGUGAAUUUGUCUAAGAAUACCCCAGAGUCUGUUGUGUUCAGUCUGUUGUCAAACGAUAAACUCUUGAGGGGAACUGGCAGGUUUUCUGUGAGGUGCUGAUUUAAGCUGUUUACCGUUUAGAAGAAAAACAACUUUCCUUUUGUGCUAAGCUUUUGAGGAGGAAUCCUGAUGUGCAGCGGCUUUUUUUUUUCUAUCUUUUUGAAAAUGCCGUAGUUUUGCUUGCCAACUUAUUGUGGGGGAAUGCAUGGGAAAUGGGUUAAAGUAAGUUGAUUAAUGGAUUAGAGGCAUGUAGGUGAAGCUUAAAAAGCCUUUUCUUUUGUUUAUAGGCUUUCUAUGUAUAACUCUGCAUUGUGGAUUUGUAUAAAAAAAAUAAAUAUGCUUUCACAGUUUGA